AUGAGCCGACCGAACGCUGCUGGAACCAGCAGCCAAACGCAACAAUCUGCCGCUGCGAGACUUUCCUUUGCCGUUGAUGCCAUGGGCGGCGGUGGAGGUGGAGGAGGAGGAGGUGGAGGCGGUGGCGGAGGAGGAGGCGGAGGCGGUAACGCUGGUCGCCGCGGCGACCUCGCGGCAGCCCUAAACAACCGAAGCUCGGUGAUAAUAAAAACGGUUUCGAUAUUUUUGGCCAGUGGCAAACGAACCGUGCCCGGAGAAUCACCGGAUCGAGCCGGCGACCGAUCGGCGCGCGGUUCCAAAGCGGACAAGCAGCAGCUGAAACCGGGUGAACGUGAAUCGCGACGCAAUCGGCGUAUACUGGCCAAAAUGGACGAGCUGAACGGGAAGCUGAACCCAAAGAUGCUGGAGAUGUACAAGCGGAAGACACAUUUUUCCAAGAUCGAAGUCGAAGCCUUGUGCAAAAUCUUCCGCAAACUGGUAACGAACGCUACCCUGAACUCGAAAGCGCUGGCGGCGAACAACGCCGGUGUGAUUGCCAAGGCGGGCUCGUCGACGGACGGCAUCGAUCGGUCCGUUUUCCGGGAGCUUCUGCAUAGUACGUUCGACAUCGUAACGGAGGAAACGCUGAUGGAGCGGAUCUUUUGCGCCUGGGAGAAGGGCUUCGAGGGUCUACCGAUACGGUUGGAGGGUUGGAUUCUGGGGCUGUCGACGUUUCUGAAGGGCUCGCAAGCCGAGAAGACGGCGUUCUGCUUUCGGGUUUACGAUCUGAACAGUGACGGUUUUAUCACCAAGGAUGAAAUGUUUGCCCUGCUUAGGAAUUGUUUGAUUAAACAACCACAGGAUGAGGAUCCCGAUGAAGGUGUCAAGGAUCUGGUGGAGAUUGCUUUGAGAAAGUUGGAUAUGGAUAAGGAUGGAAAGGUUUCAUUCCAAGACUACCAGGAUGCAAUAGCCGAGGAACCUUUACUACUGGAGGCUUUUGGUCAAUGUUUACCGUCCGAUCGGGCAACCGUUUCCUUCCUGUCAACACUACAAACGUAA